AUGGCUACCGGAGAGAGAGCUUCUCGUCUUCAUCUCUUGAUCGAUCGUUGUGUACGACCCUACGAUGGAAGAGACGUAAAUUCGCCGACGAAGGAAAUGGAGAAGGAUAUGCUUCUUUCUCUGUCUCAGGUGUUGAGAGAAAUCCAAUCUUGGAGAAUCGAAAUUGGCCGUGAUGUGUCGGCGGAAGCUGGAGAGAACGGUGCUGCUUCAUAUGGUCCAGAAUCCAAAGAAUAUCUAUGCUUAGAAAGACUUGUGGCCGAUCUUGUUGGUUUGUUAGGUGUGAAGAGUGUGCAUGUUCAACAUUUGGCUGGCAGCAUUCUUGUGGAAGUAUCCGAGUCUCUGGUUGAAUCUGGAAGUCAAUGGGAUGAUUUCAUUCGCUUGCUUUGUGACUCUCUGCACUUAGCUUUUAUCGAGAUAUGCCCAAUUCCUGCUGCUUCUUAUGAAACUGGAUGUGGAAGUCCGAAUCUACAUUUAUCUGGUUCUGAUGUUCUUAAAUGUAAACUGCAAAAGGCUAAGUGGCGCACAGUGUCUGCUAUCUUUCAAGCACUUCGUAAUAUAUUGAAGCGACUGAGCCAAGAAGAAAAUGAGGAACUUCUUGAUGUGUACUUGGAAUCUGUCAACUCUACACUUGCAAAAGUGCUUUGGUGCCGUCUGGAUGCUAUAUUUUCUGGUCAUAAUGAAGCUCUAGGAAGCAUUGCAGACUGUGAAGAAGUAUCUGUAUUUCUUGGGAACUUUGUUCAGUUUCUCUGUUCCGUGGUUCAGCAGGUUAGUUUUGCAGAAGAUUCUGAUGGUCUUGAACCUACACAUUUGAUACUCCAAAAAGUCACCGAGCUUGUUCCGGAUCUCCUCCGUUGGUGCCAACCAAAGUUAGAAAGUCAAAAUGGCGCUUCCAUGUCGAAAUACCUAGUGCACAAGUUGCUGGUGUUGAUGAUCAGACUUACUUAUAAGUCCAAUAUCAAAUGCACCAUCCUUCUUUCAUGGCUGCAAUAUCUGCAACGCCAUUUUCAAGGCUUUCUUCAACCCAGGUUUAAACCCGUGGAAGAUCACUGUUUGGAAGGUUCUCCAUUUUUUGUUAGUUUAUCUGAGAGCGAGGUCAACGAGACGCAUUCCAGUCAUUUGCAAAGACUUUCAGUGUUUCUGUUCCUACGGUGCUCCUUCCCUUUGCUUUAUUCAAGUAGGCAUACCGACAAGCUCUGUGAGUUCGAUUGUAGAAAGAAAGGAAUGGAAGAGAUGUUUAAUUGGAUUGAACAACAGAGUCCAGGCGAUACAUUUUCUGAUAAUAGAAAUUAUACCGAGAAGAGUGUUGAGUUUUCUACAUCCUUCAUCCGGCUGUUCAUGCAUGAGGAUGAUCUAUUGUUUAAAGUCCUCCUGCAGUUGCUUUCUAUACGAUUGCCUGAAAAAGAACUGCUUAACGUGGAAGGGUGUUCGCUUCAAGAUGAGGAACAAACUAUUCACUUACGUUUAUUAACGCUGUUCAAUCCUGUCAUCCUGUUCUGUAUAUUUCUUUCAGAGCUGCAUUAUGAUCAUCAAGUCCUUCUUGAUUACCUCAUAUCGAAAGACAUCGGAGCUAGCUGUGCAGAGUACCUGCUGAGAUGCUUGCGUAAGGUCUGUGACUCGUGGACCCUGUUUGCGGAAUUCCCAUUUGAAGGAGAUAUAAAUGCAUCAUCUUCAAAGAGAAGGAAGUUUCUGGUCGAGACUUCUGAGUUGAUAAGCUACAUCAGAAGAAACUGUUUCCUUACAACCCAGAAGCUCUUCUACGACGUUUGUCAAGGUUUCAAGAGCUCUGUCUACUCCAUGAGUAAUUUAAUCUGGACCAAAGGUGAGAUUCUCUGA